AUGAAAGCAAUUUUCAGAAGAUUUUUCAAAAAGCAGCUUGCUCAACUUUCAAGUCAUGAAAUCACGGAACAAUCUAAAACUAUCACUAAUGAUGUUUUAAAUCGAAACGAAUUUUAUAAAAAUUGCACUCAUGUGUGUUGUUAUAUUCCGAUGCAAUCGGGAGCUGAAGUGAAUACGAUGGAUAUUAUUAUGGAUACAUUGAAACAAAGAAAGCAAUUAUUUAUUCCUGUUAUCACCACUGAAAAUGAUCAGAUGGAAAUGGUGCAAGUGAAAGAUGAGUUAGAUUUUGGAACUUUUGAAUUAAAGAGCAAAUAUAAAUUAUUAGAGCCUCCAGAAGAAAGCCUUCCUUAUCGAAAAAACUUGAUGAAUUGUCUUAAUGGCGAGAGUAAAUUACUGGUGAUUGUUCCUGGAUUGGCUUUUGAUUUUAAAAAUCAGAGGUUAGGGCGAGGAAAAGGACAUUAUGACAAAUUCUUUGCACGUUUAGAGCAUUUACAACGACAACACAACUUUGAGACCUAUUUACUUGGUGUUUGUUUUUCAUGCCAAUAUAUUGAUGAAAAAUUCCAAUUUAGUGAAGAAGUGCUGCGUGAAUUCAAAGAGAAGAAUAUUGAAUGUAAUCAAAUUUGGACCGUGCCAACAGAGCUGCAUGAUAAAAAAGUGGACCAAGUAUUGAAGGGAUUGUAA